UACGAAUACAAUAUGAACUUUUUCAAUACUGUAUAUAUUUUAGCAAUUUUCCUAUUGCUGGCGAUGGCUAAACCGGUGGAGAAAAUUAAAACGAAGCAAAUUUCUCAGACGAAUAUUGUCCAGGUAGGCGAGGGCAACUCGGUUGAUUCUUUGCUUGAAGUCUCCCAUGUACAAGCCGCUGUAGAUUUGGUAGCUGAAAUAUUAAGCCCGGAUGCCAUACUUCCAAAGCCGCAAAGGUCGAUUGACGUCAUAUAAAACGCUUUAAAUGAUUGCUUAUCAUGUUGUAAAAUAAAAUAUUUCUGAAUAAUAUUUAACCAACGUUUCGCUCCAAUCAUUUUUAAUAGAAGCUAUUUAAGAUUAAAAUUCUUAAGAAGUCACGUUCCCCACGAUUAAAUUAAAAGAGCUUCUUAUGAAGCAGAUCUUCUUAUGAGUACAAAGAAAGUAUAAAGACUCUGUUCUAUAAAAAUUGUUUAGUAUUUGGUAUAAUAUGUGCUUCGAAUCAUGACGCGUUCAAGAGUCUCCUAUUUAUUACUUCUGUUAAUGUUGCUCAAUGCUUCCAACAGUUCAGAAUUAAUAGAAAAUAGUGUUCGUGAUAAUUUGACACAAGUGCAUAGUGAUCUCAGACAGCAAAUCGUGAACACUACUGAUACCGUUAUACUAGGUGACGGUAAUGAAAAAUUGCAAUUAAUUCAUUUGUCUCCUCAGAUAAUGGCAUUAAUAAAUUUGUUAAAUCCAGGGCAAAAAUUUGUUAACGAAACUGAUCGGCCAACGGCAGCCUCAGUGAAACAAGAGAAUUUUGAUCGUGUUUUCGUUAAUGGUAGCAAUAAUCAAUUAUUUGAGUUGCUUAAGGUUACUCCUCAGUUGUUAAUAGAUUUGGGUAUAUUUGAUUCCCAACAACAACUAUUAAAAGACGAUUCCGUUACAGCUCAAGCCGAAUUUGAAACGCGUCAGUUAAAUAAUGGUUCCAUAUUAAUUUUGGGUAAUAAUAAUACGUUAACCCGUGGUAUUGUUGUGGAUCCUCAAACCGCUGUUAAGCUAAGAUUAAGUGCUUUAUUACAACAAGUAGCGAACUUAUUUGGAUCUGAUUCUUUGACAGCCAGAGAUUGUAUUUUAAAUGAUUCUAGUCCCCUUAUACAAGACAAAAACACCGAGGUCGUUCAAAUUGGUAACAAUAACAAAAUAAAUACUUUCACUGAAGUGGGUGCCCAGGUGCUCGUGGAUGGCAAUGCAGCCGUGGAUUUAAUUCAACAAUUACGCUGCAUUUUGAAAAAUCCGGAAAAUCUUACAAUGACCAGAAUGUUAAACUUUACGACUCCAGUUACACUAAUACCUGAGAGACUUUCAAUAAGACCUUCUACUAAGCCUCUCACAGAGGAAAAUUCAACAUCUACAAUCCCAAGUUCUGCAAGAACGUCGACGCAACAACCUAGUAAAUCUGCAACAGAUUCUUCUAUUAAUCCCAUAACGCCGAAGACAUCAACUCCUUCUAUGAAAAGGCCUUUGAAGACUACAAUGUUGAGUUCUUCAAAACCGCUACUUACACCGGCCACUACAAGUCCUUUAAUAGAUUCUAAGCCUCAGACAAAUGCGUUAGAGAAAACUCCCUCAACUUCUGUGACUUCAGAUGAAACUUUUGACAAUAGUGUGACCGUAAUUUCCGGAACACCAGCAAACGAAAAGCCAUACAUAUUGCCUCUACCGAUACUGUUAGCAAUACAUAUACGUAAUGAGAGUUUUUACACUCGAGAUGCUGUAAAUGAGCUAAAGAGUAUAACAAUUGUGGAUAAUGGCGACAAUUUUGUUCUCGAUCAUUACACAACCUAUGACUGUAGUCUUUCGCAGGCUAAACGAUUGGUCAUUGGUAAUUUUCAGUGCAGUUACGACUAUAAAAAUCCAGAGUUUUCAUCUUAUUUGAUAGCGUUAGCCACCGAAGUGACAACGUUAUUUCACUUCCCAAUCUUAAGACCGUAUGUUAAUAAUUAUCGGAAAAGCGAGUUGAAACCGUUUUCGUUAAAGGAAAAACCGCGCAACGAUGAAAUACAGCUUAAUGAUAAAUUAAAAGAAUUUUUCGAUAAUAAAGACAACGUUCGAAAUAUAUUAAAAAAGUUUCAAGAACAAGAGCAAAUGAAACUCAUUUGUUCCAGCUUUGCAGCAACUCACAAGCCAUCAGUAAAUCAUUGCAUGUGUGCGACAAAAAUUUAUUGUCAUCAAGAUGACGAUAACAACAGAUAUUUUACUUAAAGUUGUAUUCUUAUCAGCUCAGCAAUUUAAGUUCUGUUUUUCUCUUAUUUUACUUUAUUGUCUACUAUGCUCAUAUGUUGUUAAAUAAAUAUUUAUAAAUAUCUGUAUUCAUAUAAAUAUAUAUAUAUAUAUAUAUAUAAAUAGUUGCACAUGCUUAACUGUUUAUUUUAGGAAAUACCAUUUAACGCUCCGACUGU